AUGGCCUCGUCUCAUCCCGAUGCCGACGUCUAUCCAAAAGCCACCGGCGCCGCAGCUCGCAUUGUCGCUGAGCACCAGGAAGACGCUCCGAUCACCUUGUACUCCGGCUGGUUCUGCCCUUUUGUGCAACGGGUUUGGAUCACACUGGAGGAGAAGGAAAUCCCCUACAAAUAUGUCGAAAUCAAUCCUUAUAACAAGGAACCAAGCUUUCUCAAGCUCAAUCCACGAGGCCUCGUGCCAACCCUGGGCGCGCCGCAAAAGGACGGAUCGCAGAAGCCAUUGAUCGAAUCCAACAUCAUCUCGGAAUACCUGGACGAGUCGUUUCCCAACCAAACGCCGCUUUUCCCCAGGGACCCUUAUGAAAAGGCUCGGCUGAAGGUCUGGGUCGACCACGUCACCACCAGAAUCCUGCCCGCCUUCCACCGCUUCUUGCAGCACACCCAACGGAGCCCACACCCCCUGGAGAAGGUGCGGUCGGAAUUUCUGGACGCGCUCAAAACGUGGAUCCGGGAGGCUGAUCCCGAAGGCCCCUACUUUCUCGGCAAGGAGUUUAGCUAUGCAGAUGUUUGCCUCGCCCCAUGGGCCCUGAGAUUGUGGGUGUUGGACCACUUCAAGCAAGGGGGACUCGGAAUCCCUCCUGUCGGUGAAGGCGGCGAGGACGAGCCAGUGUGGGAUCGAUGGCGCAAAUGGGCCGAGGCCAUCGAAGCAAGGAAGUCGGUGGUCGAGACAAUGAGUGACCGGGAGCAUUACAUGCCCAUCUAUCAGCGCUAUGCCGAAGAUAGGGCGCAGAGCGAGUUGGCCAAGGCUACGCGAGACGGCAGAGGCGUGCCGUGA